AUGCGAAUCGUAGCUCCGUUGGAUGGUUCGACAGCCGCGGCGUUUUGCGAUAACAAAGUCACGAAUAGCCGCUACACCGUUUGGAAUUUCUUGUUUCUGAACUUUUAUGAGCAGUUUCGGCGUCCGGUGAACUUUUACUUCUUACUUGUGGCAUCACUAAAGUUUAUUUCCAUCGUUGCUCCGGUCAAUCCGCUUUCAACCCUACUGCCACUGGCACUGACGUUUUCCCUCACUGCAAUAAAGGCGGCAAGGGACGAUAUUAAGCGUCAUAAACAGGAUGCCAUAUACAACAAGAAAGAACGGAAAGUCCUCAACAGGGAAGCAAUGACAUGGGAGACACGCACGAACCGCAGCAUUCGGGUUGGAGAUGUGAUCCUACUUCGCGAAGGCGAAGAUAUUCCGUGUGACGUGGUGGUACUGGCUGCAACGAAUCCUAUAGUGUAUAUAAGGACUGACAAUCUUGAUGGUGAGCUUGAUUUGAAACCGCGGGAUGUUGUUGCUCCUCAAUUAUCCAGUGAUCACAGGGGAGGCGACGAUGUGCCCAAUGCCAUUGCUCAUCAGUUGCUUUCUGUUGAUGAUAGCUGUGCAUCGAUUGUGGGAAAGUUGGGCCAAAUGCGCGUCACGUGUUCUGAUCCCUCCCCUAUGAUCAACUGUUUCGAUGGGGUUGCAGAGUUCUUUUUCUCCAGAUCACCAGCGGCUGAGACUGUGGCGGCGAAUAACAGCGCUCCGAUGCGGGUUUCCUUAUCUGAGAACAAUAUUUUACCUCAAUCGUGCGUAUUGAAGAACACAAAAACAGCAAUUUGUUUAGCAGUAUAUACGGGAGAGGAUACUAAAUGCUGCUUGAAUAAGCGGAACCCAAAGGUAAAGUGGGCCCAAAUCGACCGAGAUAUAUCAAAGUAUGCUAUUUUCGUCUUUAUUUUCCAAAUAAGCUGUGGUUUUUUGUUUGGGGCUGUAGGUUACCUCAUGAACAAAAAUGUGGAAAAAACAUACUGGUACCUUCCGAUGACAACGGGUGAAGAUGGGCUCGCCUUCGGCAUUUAUACUCUUCGUUUUUUCCUCUUGACAACCGUUUUCAUACCAAUUUCAUUCAAAUUCGUUACGGACAUGUCCAAAUACUACUUUGCAUUGGUUAUUGAAAACGAUGUGGCCAUGCACCACGAUGGUGAAUGGUGUAAUGUGAGGAACUCCAGCAUUGUGGAGGACCUGGGGCAAGUGGACUACGUGCUUUCGGACAAAACAGGUACGCUAACGCAAAAUGUAAUGGAGUUUCUGUUUGCAACGAUAAAUGGUGAGCGAAAGUGCCUGGCGCCAGUAGAAGCGGAAGAGGUGCAGGUCUCUUGUGGAGAGCAUGUUCUACACUUCGGACGUGUUUUGUCGUUGUGUAACACUGUAGAAGUUGUCUAUGAUGACGUUAGCCAAGAGAUGACUCAGAGUGGCUUAUCAACUGGGUGUGGUGCAGUAGGGACGAUGCGUUAUCAAGCAGCAUCACCAGAUGAAGUGGCACUGUGUAAUGGGUGUGAGAAACUGAACGUGAGACUCGUUGCACGGGAUGCGACCACUGCGGCGGUGGAGGUGAACGGUAUUAAGGAGGAGUGGUUUGUUCAUUAUGUGUUUGCGUUCGCAUCGGAGUUCAAGACAAUGGGUGUUAUUGUUGAGGAAAAAAGCACCAAUGCGAUAUAUUACUUCGUAAAGGGGGCGGAUGACCGCAUUCUUGAGAUGGCCCUCGAUGAGAAUUCUUCCACUGGAGGGCCGCAGUGGGGUAAAGGGGAGCGAAUGUCUUCGAAAGCUGCCAUUCUUGCUGAAGUAGAACAUUAUGCGGUGUUUGGUUUGCGCACGCUUCUAGUCGCUGAGAAGCGCCUAACAAGGAACGAGCUUGAUGAGUUUUUGGAGAAGGUGAGAGAGGCGGAACUUUCAAUGAAUAACCGGAAGGAGGAAAUCUAUAAGCUGCGUUUGGAGAUGGAGAACUCCGUGACUAUCUUGGGUGUGACCGCCAUAGAGGACAAGUUACAGGAUCAUGUGCCUGAAACUAUCCGGAGUUUCUUGCAAGCUGGUAUUAAGGUAUGGAUGCUUACUGGUGACAAGGUACAAACGGCUGAACAAAUUGCACUAACCUGUUCUUUGUGUUCACCGGGUGAUUGUGUGCUACGUGUACUCGCAGAUAAGUUAGAUGCCUUUGAAUCUUGGGAAGGGUACAUGGAAUCACUUCUGCAGUUCUCAAAGGGCGUGAUGAUGGAUGUACAGUAUGGUGAUGCUGGCUUCCCAACAGGGUCUAGUAGUGAUCCAGCGGUGGGUGAAAAAGUGUGUGCGAUGGGGAUGAUGCAAAAACGAAACGGAAGUGUGACAACAGAAACAAAUGAGAGUGCUGAUGUGAAUCCACUGUCAACCGGAUCUUCUUACGUGCUAGUGAUAGAAGGUGGUCAGGUGCUUGAAAGAAUCCUGACGACACCAUCGCUGUUAAAGUUACUAACUGAGCUGAGUGAAAACUGCGCCAGUGUUAUCUGUGCACGCACGACGCCCAAGCAAAAGGCAGCUGUCACGCGCCUCGUUCGUUCCCGUGGAUUCAUCACUCUUGCAGUUGGCGAUGGUGGUAACGAUGUGGCCAUGAUUCAGGAAGCGCAGGUGGGUGUUGGGAUUACGGGGCGGGAAGGGAAACAAGCGGCUCGUGCAGCGGAUUUUAGCAUUUCUCGAUUUUCCGACCUUCGAUCGCUUGUUUUCGUUCAUGGACAGCUGGCAUACAACCGUACGGCGUUCGUCAUUAAGUAUAGCUUCUACAAGUCGGUAUUAAUUGGCAUAAUUCAAUUGGUGCAUAAUAUCUUUCACACCCAUUAUUCUGGUGGUAGUUUUUGGGAUGGUUUUGGACUAACUCUUUGGAACGGUCUGUAUUCACUUCCACAGACGAUGCUCUACUGUCUUGAUCGAAAGGUUCCACGAAGAGUUCUUGAACAAACUCCUGCUCUCUACAAGGUGACCCGCAGCGGUGUGGAUCUGGGUGUUUGUCAGUUUUUUGGGUCGUUCAUUUUCCGUGGAGUGUUCCAAUCUAUCUUGGCUUAUUUCCUUGUUUUAAGUGUGCAUGGGACGGGAUUCGCCUCCCCAAAUGAUGCUGGUCAAAGCGCAAAGGAUGUGGCAUUCACCCUAACAUAUGCCAUUUUAAUCCUAUUGCAAGUGGUAACUGUCCUCAUGGAAUCACACACUGUUACGGCAUUAAAUGCGAUUUUUAUCUUCGGAAUGCCAGUAGUAUACGUUGCAGCCAACAUGAUUUACUCUUCCCUAGAGAGUUUUUAUUACUACGGUGUGUGGAAGAAAACAACGGAUAUUGUUUCAUUUUUGACAUGUAUUGCAGUGGUGAGUGCCUUGGUUGUUCCUGUGCUUGGUGUCUUGACUCUUAUCAAGAUUUGGCGCCCCGAUCCGCGAGAUGUUAUGCGCUCGGCAGAAUUACGACGUCAAGCGAAUGACCCAUUGGCUGUGGAGAAACGAGCGAGUGUCUCGCGUCUCUCCCGCUGCUUAUGGUGUGUCCCAGAGGAGCCAUCCACGUAUGUCACAGUUGUACUUGCAGAUGAUGAACUGACGAUAAGGAACGCAAACUCUGUGUAG